ACUUCCAGAAACGCGCCGAUUUAAAAUUUCUCCUCGGUUACCUCGCCAUCUCUACAACUUCAAUUCCGAUCGUUACCCCCGUUCUGCAAACCCUUUCUCUCUCUUCUUUCUCUCUUUCUCUCUCUUGCUUAGUUUCACUGAGACGACCACCAUGGACGACCAAACUCAAGCUGUGAACUCCUCCACCAGUGGCAAUUCCGGCGAAGAUUUCUACGAGAUGAUCGAAGCGCCCAAGUUCGUCGACUUCACCGUUUCCGAUCACUACAUUCCCGAUGAUCGCUACUGGUUCUGCUCCCGAGUCGGGUGUGAACAGAUGCAUCCAGAAGAAAUGGACUCUGAUGUCGUUUAUAAAAAUUUUGUUAUGCGGGUAAUGGCAGCCAGGAGUCCAAAUGUACGGCUUCAGAGAGCUCGAAGGAACCUGAAAUGCCCACUUACAGCUCCUCCGAAGUCUUCCAAGUCUAGAGUGGCAAGGCUAGCUCUGAUAUCUUCCAUUUCCAAAAGGAUAGUGGAUGCAAGAGUGAAAUCUAGACCGCCUACUACUGCCAAGCCUGCUACGACUGCUAAUGUAAAGCUAAAACAAGCUCAUGCCAAGGCAAUGACUACUCCAAGGAACAGGAAGCUUAACUCCAAUACCAAUUAUUUUCUGAGUGUUACAAAUUCAAAGACAACAUCAGCUGAAGAGCCAAAGACUACCAAGGUAGCUAAGGUUUUGGUCUUUCAAUCUCCAAAGAAAGAUACGAAAAAGAGAACUCCAACAGAAAUGAAUACCCCUGUGAAGACUAUAUGUGCGGCAAUGAAGAAACUUGAGAUUACGGGUGCAAAGAAGAAUGUAUUAGGGGAUGAGAAGAAUGCAUUAGGUGAUGGGCAGUCAUUGCCCCAGGAUGUUUUGAAGAAAAAGUUCAGAGGACGUGAGGUGAAGAGCCGGGUUUUUGAUUCAUUACGAACUCACAGUUCCAAAUGCCAGGAUGUCAAAUCUGUAAGAGCUUUGAAGAGGAGGAGCAAAGAAAAGAAGAUAAAGCCAUCUCUUCCUGAUCAUGUUGCCCAAAAAAUUGUUGAUGAGGAUACCAGUGACAUGGAUAUUGACGUGAAAUCAAGGCAAGUUUCAAUGCAAGGGUGCUCUCUGUCAAUUUCUUCUAAGAGUAAUGAAGGAAAUCCAGAUGAACUUUCAAGAACUGAAGAUCCAGAUAGUUUGUCUAAAGAUUCUAAUGUAACUUCAAUUUCAAAUUCUGAAGAGAGAUUUUCGGAGAAAAGUGAUCUCAAGGUUGUUCUAUGUGAAGUAGAGGACGAGAAGAACCAAGAGUACUAUCAUGAAGAGAGAGUCAAACCAGGUGCUUCAGAACUUCUGGAGAGUGAUGAUAAAGAAAAUGCAGCUGAAAUUAAUGAAGGUAAUCGAGAAGAAAAGGCUUUGCAAAUUGUGGAGCCUUUGAAUGAGAAUACUGAUCAAGUGUCCAAAAACUCUAGAGAUGAUGAGACUAAAGUUUUGUGUGAAGUGGAGCAUGAGACGAAUAACAAAUGCAAUCAUGAAGGGAGAAUGAAAUCAAGGGAAAUACAGAUGAAUGUCUCAGAACUUGAGAGUGAUGAUAAAGAAAAUAUAGUGAGUGCAAAUAAGGAAAAUGCAGUGACCUCUGAUGAUGAUAUAGAGCAUGAAAGUGAAACCACCACAAAUGAAAAUGUCGCACCUAAUUACAACAGGGAAAACAAUUCUCAGGACCAGUCCGAAAGAUUGGCAUUUGGCAAACUUGAGAGUUCUAAAAAUGCAGCAAAGGUCAAAGGAGUAUUAAAGAAAACUGUGAAAGAGAAAUCUACCCCUGCUGCAGUUGGUUCUCAUGGGCUGAAACCCAGCAGACCAAAGUCCACGAAUCCCAAGCCAUUCAGACUAAGAACUGAUGAAAGAGGUGUACUUAGGGAAGCAAACUUGGCGAAAAAGCUUAAUUGUCCUUUGAAAGACAUCACUGCAUCUCGAAGGUUUCAUGGGGACAAGUUGGAGAGAAAAAAUCAAUACGCGAAACAAAAUUCUGAAUGUGAAAAUCAUGUUGAGGAAGAACAUGAACAAAGGAUGUUAGAGAACAAAACCCAAGAUGAUUCACGAGGAGGAACAGUACCGGAUUCCUUGAAGAACGCAAAAGAAGAUUUUGAACUCAAGUUAUGUACAAUGGAUUCACAAAAUUGUGUUGCUUUAAAACACAAAAAACAGAGCCUUUGCCGUCAGCCUGAACCUGGCAAUGACAGAUCAACCAAGAAAACAGAGGAUAAUUUGAAAACGACUAAAUUAGAAGAGAUACAACAAAGAGUUAGGAAGCCUAGAAGAAGGGAUGUAUCAUCUAAAGAAAUAUCUUCUCUGGUACCAUCUCACCAACACAGGGCAAGGAACAAAACCUCUAUGAAGAUAUCGAGUGAAAAAGCUUCUAGAAAACCAUCUGAGGCAUUAUCUCGAAAAAGGAGGCCUGCUGCAACUAUACCAAAGGAGCCAAAUCUUCAUAGCAAUCAUCUACCAAGGAGAGCUGCUCAAGAAAAUUGUCUAAGGUGAUCGUGAUCCUCACCAGAGUUAUUAGUUCAGAGCUGGAUUGUUUUCAGUUUGUUCAAUUAAAUCAUUGAAUUGUAUUUCACUACAACUUACAUUUAGUUUAUA